AUGGAAGUUCUAAGAGACUCUGUCGUACAUUUCACUUUUCAGAUGUCGUCCUACAAGAGAGCGACGCUGGAUGAGGAGGAGCUGGUGGAUUCCAUCCAUGAGGGCGAGGUGUACCCCAGCGGAGUCCAGGUGAAUCUGCGAAGGGGGCGUCACCGCAGCAGCUGCUGGACUGACAGGACGCACGUAGAGAAGAGGCUUCUGGUGCUGGUGGUUGUCCUCGCCAUCGGGCUGGUGGCCUGUCUGCUGUCCUUGGCGAUCCAGUAUCGGAAGAAUAAUCGCACCUGCCUGUCGGAGUCUUGCAUCUCUGUGACCAGCGCCAUCCUGCGCUCCCUGGACCGUUCUGUGGACCCCUGCGAGGAUUUCUACAGCUAUGCCUGUGGGGGAUGGAUCAAGACCAACCCGGUCCCCGACGGACACUCUCGCUGGGGCACCUUCAACGAGCUAUGGGAGCACAAUCAGGCCAUUAUGAAGCAUCUCCUAGAGAACACGACAAUGAACUUCAGCAGCGUCGCCGAGCACAAGGCGCAGAGAUAUUACCAGGCCUGUCUGAACGAGUCCAAGAUUGAGGCGCUGGGAGCCAAGCCCCUGCAGGACCUGAUCGAGAAGCUUGGUGGCUGGAACGUCACUGGGCCCUGGGAUAAGGAUAACUUCCAGGAGACGCUGGAGGCAGUCACCGCUUAUUACCGCAUCUCCCCGUUCUUCUCCGUGUUUGUCAGCGCAGACUCCAAAAACUCCAACAGCAACGUCAUCCAGAUAGACCAGUCCGGCCUGGGGCUGCCAUCGAGGGAAUAUUACCUGAAUAAAACUGCCAAUGGGAAGGUCCUUGCCGGCUACCUCAACUUCAUGGUGCAGCUGGGAGUUCUGCUGGGGGGAGAGGAGAACAUCACGCGGGCCCAGAUGGAGGAGAUCCUGGACUUCGAAACUGCACUGGCCAAUAUUACCAUCCCGCAGGAGAAGAGGCGAGAUGAGGAGCUCAUCUACCACAAGAUCACGGCUGGCGAGUUGAAGAAUCUGAUGCCAGUGGUAGACUGGAUCUCUUUCCUUCGAACGGUUUUCCAUCCUGUCGAAAUCAACGAGACCGAACCUGUGGUGGUUUAUGCGAAAGAAUACCUGAUGGACGUGUCCCACCUCAUCAACCGCACUGAAAAAAGGAUCUUGAAUAAUUAUAUGAUGUGGAAUCUGGUGCGGAAGACAAGCUCAUUACUGGAUCAGCACUUCCAGGACGCCGAGGAGAAGUUCAUCGAAGUUAUGUAUGGGACAAAGAAGACCUGCACCCCGCGCUGGAAGUUGUGUAUUGCUGACACCGAUAACAACCUCGGCUUCGCUCUUGGAGCCAUGUUCGUCAAGUCCACGUUUGCCAACAGCAGUAAAACCAGGGCUGUGCAGAUGAUAAAGGGCAUAAAGAACGCCUUCGAGGAGAGUCUGAAGACGUUGAGCUGGAUGGAUGAAGACACCCGCAAAGCGGCCAAAGAGAAGGCUGAAGCGAUCUACGACAUGAUCGGAUACCCCAACUUCAUCAUGGACCCCAAGGAGCUGGACAAGGUCUUUAAUGAUUAUGAAGUUAUUUCGGACCUCUACUUUGAGAACGUCAUGAUGUUUUACAAUUUCUCUGCGAGGGUGACCUCAGAUCAACUGCGCAAGCCGCCCAACAAAGACCAGUGGAGUAUGACGCCCCCUACAGUCAAUGCCUAUUAUUCUCCUACCAAGAACGAGAUUGUCUUCCCAGCAGGGAUCCUCCAGGCUCCAUUCUACACCAGCUCCUCACCCACGGCGUUGAAUUUCGGUGGGAUUGGCGUUGUGAUGGGCCAUGAACUGACCCACGCAUUUGAUGACCAAGGCAGAGAAUAUGAUAAGGAUGGGAACUUGCGUCCCUGGUGGAAGAACUCUUCAGUGGAGGCCUUCAAGAAGCAGACGGAGUGCAUCACCGAGCAGUACAGCAGCUACAAGGUGAACGGAGAAGCCAUAAACGGAAAACAUACCCUGGGGGAGAACAUCGCAGACAACGGAGGACUCAAAGCCGCCUAUAGGGCGUAUCAGAACUGGGUGAAGGAGAACGGAGAGGAGCAGGUGCUGCCGUCCUUGGGUCUCACCAAUGAUCAGCUCUUCUUUGUCGGUUUUGCUCAGGUCUGGUGCUCGGUGCGGACUCCAGAGAGCUCACAUGAAGGGAUCAUCACGGACCCGCACAGUCCGUCCCGCUACCGCGUCAUCGGCUCUGUAUCCAAUUCCAGAGAGUUCUCCAGACAUUUCCAGUGUCCGCAGGGGUCUUCUAUGAACCCCCCAAAGAAAUGUGAAGUGUGGUGAUCUACUGAAGAUUGGGGGAGGGGGUCAUGAUAAAACCACUGACAGGAGAUUGGGGGGAAGGGGGGUCCUUCCCAAUAUUGGGGGAUUGUUUACAAAUAGUGGCUGACCUGAAAUCUGCCUUAAAGCUGUAGCGACGUUUUCUAUGCUCAGAUAAUUCUGUGCACUAAUCCAUAGACGACUAUGCACCUUUCAUUACACGUCUGUUCUGCGGUAUGAGCUGCACUGGCGACGAUCGGUGACAUCGCCAAACCUCAGCUUCCUGCUUUUAAGGACCUUGUUGCAGUCUAUAGGGGCGGGCGCUUGGACAAUGGCCUCCCUGUAAUGCGAGCUCCUAAAAUGCACGACCGCUGAGGGGCGGAAUUGUGACGUCACAACUUAUCUCGGUGUAGCUUAGGUCUUUGGGAUUUCCACUAGAAGUGACUGUCAUGUAGGAGGUGAAGUGGUCGGCGCUGUAGAUCGGUGCUGGUCUACAGAGGCUGACGAUAUCUCGGGUAUCUACAUAUCUGGUGGCAAUCUGCAGAAGAAAGGCUUUUUAUAAUACACAAAUUACCCUCUAGGUGCAACAAGGGUGGUGCCGUUGCACCCAGAGGCUCCACCCCCUCUGCUAUACCACGCCCCCAGGGCUGUGACGGACAGGCCAGGCAAUGAAAACCUAUUCCCACCUGGCCCCGAGGUCUCACAGGAGCACGUUUGGAACAUACGCAGUAAAGGGAUGGAGACUGCCCAUCUGCCUGGCGGCCUCCAUCCCUUUACUGCGCAUGUGCCGAAUGUGCUCCCACGAGACUUCAGGGGCAGGUUUGAAUUUUUUCACUGUCUGCCACAGCCAUGGGGUUGCAGCAUAGCAGAAGGGAGUGGAGCCUGUGGGUGCAACGCCACUGGCCUCGUUGCACCUGGGGGUAAUCUGCAUAUUAUAAAAUAUCUUAUUUCUACAGAUUGCGGUAACAUAUGGAGACCCCAGAGAUAUCAUCAGCCUCUGCAGACAAGCGCCGAUCUACAGCGGCCGACCGUGGUAGGCAACGACAGAUGCUCUUUAAAGUGACAGGACGGUGGGAGUUGUGCUGCUGCCAUAUUUUGGAGAACGAUGUCUUAGCCAUAAUUGCAUCCCUCUCACUGUACAUAUUCGUUCCAUGUGUAUAUAUGUGUGUGACUUUUGUACAUAUUUAUACUGACUGGGGCCCAGGCUUCGUCCAUCUUUAGUGUCUUGUCA